GAGACUUUCACCGGACGCCAAAUAACCUACAAGUUUUGGUAAAACAAUUGCUAAAAACAAAAAGACCGAAAUCUAGGGCUUCUUCGCGUGCGUGUGAUGUGGCGCAAAGGUUUUUUUAACGACUAGGGUCCGAUCGUUAAUUGAAAAACGACCCAGUUGUUCAAUGCGGGACAACGAUCGAGACCACAACAAAGAGAUGAGUAUCAUCAGACGCAUAUUAUCUCAUCUCACCACUCUACUCUCUUUUCCUUUUUUUUUUUUUGUUUUUAAUUCAUCUUGAACAGUGUAGCCCUGUACGUGUUGAACACGAGAACUAGAAAGGCGUUGGCGUCACAGUCGAGCAGAUGAGAAGUCACCGAGUCAACGAGGAAAGCCGAGUUAUAUCAUUCGUGUGAAUCGUCUAUAGUUUGUGCGCGUGUAUCCACUCGUCGAGCGAAACUGCAAAGAAGAAGAAGAAGAAGAAAAAAAAGGCAAUAGCUGGCAAUUCGGUGUGGCCUGCAGUCUCUGUCCAGCCUCCGUAGCCAUUGAAUAAAAAAAAACUGAACUGCCGGCCGGCCAUCAGUUUUUACUUUACGCAAACUGUUCCCAAAUUAACGCCAAAAAUGCGCCAAUCCAGUCUGUUCCUCUCGGCCAUAAUAGGCGUUUGCAUCUUUGUCUCUUUCACUUCAGCAGGUGUUUUAGAUUCGCUUUCCAAGAAGAAGAAAUCGCCAUCGAAAUCGAUAACCGGCCAUAGGGAAUGGCCUUCCAACAGCUCAUCAACGGUCGUGCCAACUGCUGACGGUGGUCAACUGAAAGUUGACUUGUGUGAGGCAAACAUCGUUAUCCCCUUGACCUCACAACGCGCAGCCAAGCGGAAUUUCACCGUCAAAUCGACGCAGUUUCCGUUCAAACGCUCUACACCUCUCAUCUGCUCCUGGAAUGUCAAGGUGAGUAAGAGCUGUCGUCGUGGUCUAGUCACCAUGUCCAUCAACGAACGGAGUCGAUUGGCCGGCGAUCAAGGAUGUCUCAACGGAUACUACACUGUCUCGCCGAUCAUGGAUGACAUCAAAAUUUGUGGCCGUGUCAAUUUCGUUCCGGCCUUGCAGUGGUACGUCGAAGACCAACAACUCGAAGUCACCGUUCAUUUGAAACACGUCGGACUCGACGACGGCUACUCCGAGGGUUUGGCUUUCACCUUGUCGGGUGAAUGCCUCAAUGAGCAAUCGGACAUGACGAAAAACAAAGCAUCUAAAACGUACAGUCAUUGGCUGCAACAAGUUGCCAGUCAGUCCUUGAAGUUUGGCGUCCCUACCGUCGCCUUACCGGACGGACUCGAUUUGGAAAGCAUUCUAAAUGAUUCUGAAUCUGAAACGGAAGAUGAAUUGGUCGACGUGUCGACCACGACCGCGUCCCCCAAUGUGACGGACAAAAAACCACCCAAGAAAAACGGCGUGGACUUUGACCUGGAAACGCCGUGGCAUCUGCUCAAAAACCAAUCAGCGCCCACUGCAGCCCCAUCUCCGGUGAGAAAUAGCCCGAAACCCCAGCCACCGGCUGCCAACACCACCAACUCAGAGCCCCACCCGAUCAUUCAUCUGACAUACCAAACGCUUAAUCAAUCAAUCCCAUCAACAAGUGCCCCAAAGAAGGUCUCGAUUCCCACGAAAUCUCCUGCCAAACCAGCUGCUCUUACCGAUUUGUUCAAUCUCGAAACUCCUUGGCAUGUCCUUAAAAAUCAGUCGGUGAUGGCGACAGUGCCACCUCCAAAAAAGAAUGGCACAAACUCCUCCCAUGCUCAAACGGUGGAGUUAAUCCUGUGGACUUGAACUUGGACAUCAUCUUUUAGUAUUUUAAUCGUCUUCUCUAAAAUACUUUAAUUGCUUAGAAUUUAUUUAAACUUGCACGACCAACCAAACGCGCGAGUGUCGGUUGGCCUAGUUAUUGAUUGUUGGCAUAAAAUUAUCGUUUAAUAGCAAAUACGAAGAUGAAAUAUCGAAAGCAAUAAACGCAAAAAUGAAUGAA